CCCUUCUGCCAGACUGUGCUAGACGGCCGAGUGAUCGUGAUUGAAGGCAUUCCAGAAAACAGGAAACGGUGGCGGCUUGAAACGCCGGGAACUUUAAUGAGUGUUUUGACAGCAGCACAUCUAACAAGUAGCUCAUUUUCUGCCAACGAUGGAGAAUUUGCUCCAGUUGCCCUGCUGGAAAAUGAGGGACCGUGUGGAACAGAGAGACAAGCCGUCCCAAGUGAAGCCAUGCUAGACCAGCCAACCUCCAGGUGGCCAGUGGGACCAUUAAAACAAUGGCUUCCUAAAGAAGAGGGGAAGGUAGAAGUGGCCUCUGACAUUGAAGUAGAAGAAGAACAACCAGCACCAAGAUCUGAUGAUGAUGAUACAAAUUUUGAAGAAUCUGAAGAUGAGUUGAGAAAUGAAGUAGUAGAAUCCCUGGAAAAGCUCUCUACUUCCAAAGAGGCAGAAAAAAGGGAAGAGGUUUCCAGUUCCUCUAAGGAUGCUGAAAAGAAAGAGGGGAUAGGCAUACAGAAAUAUGCAGAAUUAAAUGAGGGUUUGUAGAGUAUUUUUACUCCAUCUGAUGACAAAAUUUGUAUUGUUGAUGAAGACCCAGGAACAUCAACCACCAGUGAAAAUAUACAAGUGUGAUCAUUGAACUUUUUCUUAAAUAACUAGUACCUAUUACAGUGUCUCUUUGGGAGCAGUCAUAAAUAUACAUUUAUUGUAAGGGUUUUCCAGUAAUCCCAAGGCUUUAUUAGUUUUCUUCUCAAUUUAGA